CGCUGCUUGUUGUAUUUCAUGGCAGGUGUUAUGUGGGUGGGUAGGUAUCAGGUGGACGUAAAUGUUUCAUAUGUUUGAUAAGAAAAGUUUCGAACAAGUUUUUAAAAAUGAGUAUUCUGCACGCGGUGGUAUCAGUGAUACUUAUUUUAACACUUUUUUGGGGAAUGGUGCAAUGUGACGAUGAUAGUAUAAGAAGAUUUCCGCUGCUCAUGCCGAACGUCAAACCAUUCGUGCCUGAGCUGUAUUUAUGCACUCCAGUCAGAAUGGAUAAUUCAAGAGCAUAUUAUAUCGUCGGCUUCGAGCCAAAUGCCACAAUGGCAACUGCCCACCACAUACUUAUAUACGGAUGUUCAAAACCAGGAAGUUCGAAACCAGUGUGGAUGUGCGGAGAAAUGGCGAAACAAUCGAUAAAAUCUGGAGGAUUAACCUCUGCGAGUCCUUGUGGUGCAGAUUCCCAGAUUAUCUACGCCUGGGCGAGGGACGCGCCAAAAUUGAAUCUACCCAAUAACGUAGGAUUCAAAGUCGGAGGAGAUUCGCCAAUUCAGUACCUCGUCCUCCAGGUUCAUUACGCGCACAUUGAAGCCUUCGAGGAUGGCAGUACCGAUGAUUCCGGAAUAUUCCUCCACUACACGACACAACCCAUGCCCAAUCUUGCCGGAGUUUAUCUGCUCGGUACAGGUGGUGAAAUUCCAGCCAGGUCGACAGAACACAUGGAAACCGCCUGUGUGCAACGCGAGAAUGUAACGAUUCAUCCCUUUGCGUAUCGAACUCACACGCAUUCUCUCGGAGACCUCGUUACCGGUUACGUGAAAAAACCGAAUAACGAGUGGAUCGAGCUGGGGAAAAAGGAUCCCAUGAAACCUCAGAUGUUCUAUCCUAUCCACGACAAACGUCCCAUCAAUCAAAACGACACCCUGGCGGCGCGAUGUACGAUGAUAAGUAAUCGAGACAGGGUGACUUACAUCGGGGGCACCAACAACGAUGAAAUGUGCAACUUUUAUCUUAUGUAUUACGUCGAAAAUGGCGAACCUCUACAGCAGAAAUACUGUUUCAGCGCUGGUCCGCCCAGUUACUAUUGGAAAAAUGAUAAGGAAUUGGUCAAUAUCCCUGAUAAAGAAGCAUCCACGCCUUAAUUUCUUUGAAUUAAGUACCGUCUUUACAGUGGGAUCCCACACCUUUCGAAAUUUUUUUUUUCAUUUUGAAAUGUGUAAUAUGGUGAAGUUAUGAUAGACGUCUUUCAGACAUUUUCAAGAAAAACGGCUUUAAAAGAAUCCAUGCAGGUUACAUGGACCGUCAUGCGAGAGUCUUUCAACUCUCGUUUGGGUCAAGCAGUAGUGCUUUGAGUUUAUAAAUGCAAGGGCGCGGUUCGAAUCCUAGUGACGGCAUUUUUUUUUCUUUCAAUUUCAAGGUGGCCACCCAUCCGGGAGAGCCGGGAGAGAAAUUUUUUUGAAAGGUUCACAAUAUUUCUCGCAAUAUUUAAAAUUCUUGAUUUUUGAACGGUGGAAAUGAGAGCAAUUUUUUUUAAAGGAAUCGCAUUUUUU